GUUGACAGGUAUAAUUGUGCGAUCAGCAGUUCUGAUGACCGUAGUUUGUUUCGACGGCUGAAACUUAAUUAUGCAAUUUUUGAUGAGGGCCAUAUGCUAAAGAAUAUGGGCUCCAUCCGCUACCAACACCUUAUGACAAUUAAUGCAAAUAACCGUUUGCUGCUCACAGGCACACCUGUACAGAAUAAUCUGUUAGAGCUCAUGUCACUGUUGAAUUUUGUUAUGCCUCACAUGUUUAGUAGUAGCACCAGUGAAAUACGAAGAAUGUUUUCUUCUAAGACAAAAUCAGCGGAUGAGCAAAGUAUAUAUGAAAAGGAGAGAAUAGCACAUGCAAAACAAAUUAUAAAGCCAUUUAUUCUCAGAAGAGUAAAAGAAGAGGUUCUCAAGCAGCUACCCCCCAAGAAAGAUCGAAUUGAGUUGUGUGCAAUGUCGGAGAAACAAGAGCAGCUCUAUUUGGGUCUUUUUAACAGAUUGAAAAAAUCUAUCAAUAACUUGGAAAAAAACACAGAAAUGUGCAAUGUCAUGAUGCAGUUGAGAAAAAUGGCCAAUCAUCCUUUAUUACAUCGCCAGUAUUACACAGCUGAAAAACUUAAGGAAAUGUCUCAGCUUAUGCUAAAGGAACCUACACAUUGUGAAGCUAACCCUGACCUGAUCUUUGAAGAUAUGGAAGUAAUGACAGACUUUGAACUACAUGUACUUUGUAAACAGUACCGAAACAUUAAUAACUUCCAGUUAGACAUGGACUUGAUUUUAGAUUCUGGAAAAUUCCGGGCUUUAGGACGCAUCUUGUCUGAAUUGAAACAGAAGGGUGAUAGAGUUGUAUUAUUUAGCCAAUUUACCAUGAUGCUGGAUAUUUUAGAGAUUCUCUUAAAACAUCAUCAGCAUAGGUACCUCAGAUUAGAUGGAAAGACUCAGAUUUCUGAAAGGAUUCAUCUAAUUGAUGAGUUUAAUACAGAUAUGGAUAUCUUUGUGUUUCUGCUGUCAACAAAAGCUGGUGGAUUAGGAAUAAAUCUGACUUCAGCAAAUGUUGUUAUACUUCAUGAUAUUGACUGCAAUCCUUAUAAUGACAAACAAGCAGAAGAUAGAUGUCAUAGAGUAGGCCAGACUAAAGAAGUACUAGUUAUAAAAUUAAUAAGCCAAGGGACGAUUGAAGAAUCCAUGCUAAAAAUUAACCAACAGAAAUUGAAACUAGAACAAGAUAUGACUACAGUAGAUGAAGGUGAUGAAGGGAGUAUGCCAGCAGAUAUAGCCACAUUACUAAAAACGUCAAUGGGCCUGUGAAAUAAGGAUUGUGAAUUCCUAAGUGAUGAGGAAAUAAUCAACUUGGUGCACUCAAGGACAUUUACAUUAUGAUGACCAUGGGGUUUAUGAACAUUUAUAUCUUUUUAUAAUUUCCAUAUUGCAUUUCUCAUAAUAUGGACAACUUUUUUGCCACUAACUGAAUUCUCCAGAUAACUCAUACGUGAAAUUUCAAAAAAAGCCACAAAUAUGUAGUCCUGAAGAUGUUGAAUAAUCAUUUUACAAAGCAGUUUUAUGAACGGGGAUUAGUUGGUGAUUGUUUGUAACAAAUAUGCUAACGCUUUAGAAAUGUCAGUAUUUUUGUAAUUAUUUCUACCUCCAAAUAUAUAUAUAUUGUCUUUCACUGGAUAAUGUGUGUAGAUUUUUACAUGUGCCUUAUUUGACAAUGCUUAUGUCUUGUUUUUGCUUGUCCCAUUUGAAGUUCUUUUUUAUAUUAGUUUAAAGAAUGCAGCUGUAUAGAGUGUGUGGCUUUGGUUUUAUUGCUAUUUGAAGCAGAUGUUCACCAGUGUCAGCAAGAACUCAUCCUGGAUUUAAAGGUGGCAUUCCAUGUGCUAACAUCCCCCAGGUCCUCGCACGGACUUGUGUUAAAACAAGUUUCUUUGGCUAGGCACUAAGUUGUUUUCCAGUGAGUAGUAACUAAAGAAGCCCAUGUCUUGCUCCAUGGAUUAAUUCCUUCUGUUCACUUCCCAACCGCACUAAUAGUGCUUAUUACUCUAUCUAUUCUUGUGCAUGUUUUCAAUGAUUUCCCUUUCCAGGCUUUUGCUUCUCUUAAAACUGUUGCCCAGUCACUUCUGCUCCAGUUCUCUUCCUCUCUAAAUAGUAGUUUAUUCCUGCCAUGUCUUCAGCAUCAGCAAAAUGUUGGUGACAUUUUUCUAGCCUGGCAGAACAGAUUAACUUAAAGCGAUUCACUUCAAAGCAGGUCAAAUGUGACUUCAUAUUAAGGCAGCAUUAGGUACUGCAUGGAAAUAGGUCAUUAACUUUAAGCUCUUAUAUAAUUACCAGUUUCCAGAAUUUCCAGUACAGGACCUCCUGAAUAGAGAGCCAUUGUUCAAUUCCAAUUCAGUGUGGGUGACAAGUGAAAUUUAGAAGAAGUAAAGUUGUCUAUUUGAUAUUGAACUCUUUAUUAAGUCUUUCUUUAAUUUUUUGCCUGUCAGUCUAUAUUGCUGUUUUUAUUACACAUCAGUUUCUUUGUAUAACUUGUGAGUUUUAUGUGUUUUGUUUUUAUUAUGUAAAUAUCCUUAUAAAUAAACUUAUUUAUAAAUCAAA